UGUUCAUAGAGGGGAGCGUCCCCUUAACUGCGAGUCAUUUUAUUUUGAGUGCUCGCAUCAAAACAAAAAAAUGUCUUCCAGCGCCGCACUCGCCAGCUGCUACGCGGACGCGGUUCUGGGUCCGGACGUGGAGGACGUGUACGGCGCCCGCUUCAUGCAGCCACCCCCGCACACGAUGGCCCCAACCAGGCCGUCAGGCGCCGGCGAUCACCACGCCGAUUUCUCUUCUUGCAAUUUCGCCCCCAAAUCCGCCGUCUUUCCUGCGUCGUGGCCGCCCGUUCAUCCGCAGGGGCUCUACCACCACCACCACCACCCUUACGCCCACCAAUCGGACCCGAGAUGCGUUGGGGCGCGACCCUGGAUGGACCCAGUCCCCGACCUCGCCCCCCGCUUCGCCGGGUUCCCCCCAGGCCGACGCGCGCCGUGCGCCCCGAAGCCGGAGCUCUCGCCGGCGAAAAUCCGCGACACCAAGCCGGGCCAGGAGACUCGAAGUCGGGCUUUUGCCGAGGACCUCCCCGAUGGUCCGGAAAGGGCGCAGAGUGGAAGUGAGCUUUCCAACCACAGCGAGCCCAAAGAGGAGAAACAAGUUGACCCAAGCAACCCGGCAGCAAACUGGAUCCACGCGCGGUCCAGUCGGAAAAAGCGCUGCCCCUACACCAAAUAUCAGACUCUGGAGCUGGAGAAGGAGUUCUUGUACAAUAUGUACCUAAGUCGAGACCGCCGCUACGAGGUGGCCCGCAUCCUGAGCCUCAGCGAGCGGCAAGUCAAAAUUUGGUUUCAGAACCGCAGGAUGAAAAUGAAGAAGAUGAACCGAGAAAGAGGCGGAAAGGAGCAGCUCUGAUUGCACUGAGGACGACUUUGACUUUUUUUUGGAAGCGCUAUUCUGAUUUAAUUUGGAAACACCCUGAGAAACAUUGUGGAUCACGUUGCAAGUGAAACCGUUAUUUUCUCACUUAUUUUUUUUAUUUUAUUUUUUGUAACUGGAUUAGGUGACAAAAAAGGAGAGAGAGAGAGAGAGAGAGAGAGAGAGAGAGAGAGUGUGUGUGUGCAUGUGUGUGUGUUGCUUUUAAUUGUUGAAUAUAAAAACUUUUCACUGUUCAAUUUGUUUGACCUUUCUGUUGGAAUACACACAUUCAUUUACAGGACAAUUUAGACAUAAAUUGUGUGUGUAUGCACAAAAAAAUGAAUUAUAUAUAUAUAUAUAUAUAUAUAUAGUGUGUGUGUGUGUGUGUGUGUGUGUGUGUGUAUGCGUGUGCGUGCGUGUAUGCGCGUACACAAACACACACACACACACGGAUAUAUUGUAUUUAAAUGAUUAUUUGUGUCACCUCUGAGGACAGUGCGUGAUCCAGUCUUAAUGGCGACUACACGUGCUGCAAACGAGACAAAUGAUGGCGUUCUUCGUAUCGAAUCCCAGGUAGAUUUCAUUCGAGACUUUUAGUGGGGGUGUUUAUGAUCAGGCGGUAUCAUUGUGGGCUUAUAAUGACUUUAGAGCAGGAAGAAAUAAAGCCAUAGAGAUGGCUAGACGUCUGGGCUAAAUGAGUUUAUUGGCCCUGGCAGUCAGUAAUUACAACGAGCCCCUUUGAAAGCUCCUUUUACCUCUCUGGGCACUUCUUUUCUUUGUGCGUGUGUUGCUAACAAUCAAAAUGUGGACACAGGGGUGUCUGGCCGAUGGAUUGGUGCACAGGAAAUCACUCCCACAUCUUAAUGGUCACGUUAAUUCAUCAACUCUGCUUCUCACUGAUGGGAAGCUAAACUUCAAUUGGAGUGCCUUGUUUUGUUUUUGAGAGUUCUUUUUAUUUAUUUUGCCUUGUAUCCGAUAGUAAAGUACUUUACUUUUUAGGGUCACAAUCGUGCAUUAUAGUGUAGUUACACUAUAACUAUGGAACAGGGUAUUAAAAAAAAGAGUCGUCGUAGGGCGCUAGAGGGCGCUGUGGUAUCAAACACAAUGGAAACAAAAAGGGAGCCAUCGUGUAUCGAUUAAAAUGAUAGAAAUCGUAAUAAUAAUAACACAAACGGACUUUGGUAUUUGUACCCCCUUACAUCAUUGUAAGACUGUAAAUAUCCCAAAUGUUCUUUGUAUAAAUACCUGCAAAAAGAUUUUUAAAAAAUAAAAUAAUUUCCUUUGUG